AACUGAGACGCGGUGACGCUGCUUCAGACCUCCGGCUCCUGAUUGGUGAGGGACUCCUCCUGGAGCUCAGCACCGCCUUCAGGAGCGACCCACCGCCUCAAUCUCCGCUUCGUAUUGGAGAAAAGUCUUUUCAAAAUGUCCGCCAAAACUCAGAGCAAGCCGCUCCCCUGCUGCUCUGCUGGGAGUCUCUUCUCUGGUUGGUCCACAGGAACCGUCUCGCGCUCUCUGCGGACAUAUAACGGAGGGUUUUGGCUGCUUGGCCUCACAGUUUCUCUGACUUGAGACAGAAGAGAAAAUCAGUAAAAUGAGUGGACGAGGUAAAACCGGCGGAAAAGCCAGAGCUAAGGCAAAGACCCGCUCCUCUCGUGCCGGACUCCAGUUCCCAGUCGGCCGUGUUCACAGGCUGCUGAGGAAAGGAAACUAUGCCGAGCGUGUUGGUGCCGGUGCUCCCGUUUAUCUGGCGGCGGUGCUGGAGUACUUGACCGCUGAGAUCCUGGAGCUGGCUGGAAACGCUGCCCGUGACAACAAGAAGACUCGUAUCAUCCCCCGUCACCUGCAGCUGGCCGUCCGCAACGACGAGGAGUUGAACAAGCUGCUCGGCGGAGUUACCAUCGCUCAGGGCGGUGUCCUGCCCAACAUCCAGGCUGUUCUCCUGCCCAAGAAGACCGAGAAGCCCGCCAAGGCCAAGUAAAGCUGGACACUUGCCGACUGCUGGAAGCCAGACCCCAAAAAGGCUCUUUUAAGAGCCACACA